UUUUCCUUCCCCAUUUCCCCCCCAUCUUGUGACCUGCUCUAAUGUUGCAACACCGGCCUCUGGAUAACCCAGCCGGUCAGGUCAAGCCGGCGUCUCCGCCUGCCUGCGCCCCGUCCCCUCCUGCGUGGAAUCCCUGAGGAGCUGCCUGGCCUCACCGCUGACGUAUCAGGCUGUGGAAAUCAGAGCCGCGCGGUGCUGACUCAGGACCACGGGAGGAUCUGACCCGCUCACAGGCCAGCGCCCCACGGCUUUCGUUUCCCCGUCCCUCUCCCGCACAGCCGGGAAGAGCAGGACGAGGAUGGGGCCGCACGGCUGGCUCUGCCUGCUCUGCCUGGUGCUCCCCUGGCUGCUGUGCCAGGGCAAGAGCCGCACCCAGCCCGAGCAAGUGCAUCUCUCCUACCCAGGCGACCCCACCGCCAUGACCGUCACCUGGACGACCUUUGACCCGGCCGGCUCCAUCGUGGAGUUCGGCCCGGAGCCGAGCAGGGUCUUCACCUCCUCCGCCCAGGGCCAUGCCAGCCGGUUCGUGGACGGCGGCUGGUUGCGCCGCAGCAUGUUCAUCCACCGGGUCACCCUGCAGGGCCUGGCCCCUGGGCAGCACUAUGCUUAUCGCUGCGGGAGCCCGCGGGGCUGGAGCCGGCCCUACAGCUUCCGGGCUCUGCAGAAUGGCACCGACUGGAGCCCGCGUCUCGCUGUCUUCGGCGACAUGGGGAACGUCAACCCCCAGUCCCUGCCCAGGCUCCGGCGCGACACGCAGCAGCGCAUGUACGACGCGAUCCUGCACGUAGGGGAUUUUGCCUAUGACAUGGACGAGUGUAACGCCAUGGUUGGAGACGCCUUCAUGCGCAAGAUCGAGCCCGUCGCUGCGUCGGUGCCGUAUAUGACGUGCCCAGGGAACCACGAGGAGAAAUACAACUUCUCCAACUACCGUGCCCGAUUCAGCAUGCCUGGUGACACGCAGGGCCUGUGGUACAGCUGGGACAUCGGCCCUGCCCACAUCAUCUCCUUCUCCACCGAGGUGUAUUUCUACCUGAACUAUGGCCGCCACCUCGUCCAGGAGCAGUACCGAUGGCUAGAGAGAGACCUACAGGAGGCCACGCGGCCGGAUCGGCACCGGCGGCACCCGUGGAUCAUCACCAUGGGGCACCGGCCCAUGUACUGCUCCAACAACGACCACGACGACUGCACGGAGCACGAGAGCAUCACUCGCCGAGGGCUCCCCCAACAUCUGUACGGCCUGGAGGAUCUGUUCUAUAAAUACGGUGUCGACCUAGAGCUGUGGGCCCACGAACACUCCUACGAGAGGCUGUGGCCUGUCUACAACUACAAGGUCUACAACGGCAGCGCCGAAUCGCCCUACACCAACCCCCGGGCGCCCGUCCAUAUCAUCACCGGAUCGGCCGGCUGUAGGGAGAGGCUGGACCCCUUCGUCCCCAACCCUCGGGAGUGGAGCGCCGUGCGCAUCGAGGACUACGGCUACACGCGCCUGCAAAUCCUCAACCGCAGCCACAUCUGGCUGGAGCAAGUGUCCGACGACCAGGACGGGAAAGUCGUGGAUGGGAUCUGGCUCAUCAAGGAGUUGCACGGCCCCAAAGCUUGGCAUUAGCCUGGCCGCAGGCACCCAGCCCUGAGCUGAGCAGAGGGACUGCGUCCCCAGGACACCCUGAAAUCCUCGUUAUCUGGCUGGAGGCAGAGCUCCCUGCGGGGCUACAGAUGAAUCCGAUCAAAUCCAAAGGCCGUUCUUGCAGUCCCUGAUGUAUGGCACUGGAAGGACACGCCUGCCCCUGCAGCUGGGGAAAACCUGCUGCUGGGUCUUUAUGAUGGUGAAAAAGCGCUUUGGUGCAACUGAGCGUAUUAGGUCUCAGAGCACUUUAUACGGGUGGGGUUGUGUCUGUGUAUUCCCUGUUUUUGGCAGGGGAAACUGAGGCACAGAGAAAGGAAGAACCGUGACCAAAAUCAUAGAUGUAGGGGUCUUGCUUUCCAGUCUUCCCUGCCCUAAUCACUAGACCCCACUCCCCUCUCAGAGUCAGGAAUAGAACCCAGGAGUCCUGAUGCCCAGCCCCCCUGCCGUAACCACUACACCCCACUCCCCUCCAAUCCCAGGAAUCCUGAUUCCCAGCC